CCGAAUCACCUUCUUCGUCCCUCUCUCGUGCUCCUUCGUCCUCGCCUCCUUCUUCCCCUUCUCUCCGAUCGGCGUCGUCGGCAUCCGUGGAAGACCUUGCCUAGCAGGAUGAACCAUCGCCAACAGGAGCAUGAACUGCUCGAGCACUUCCAGCCGCCCAUUUCGGACGCUCUUCUCCGGAACCAGUUCAACGACGAUCGGCAGCUGCGCUUCGACAUUCAGCAGGUAAACGUGCCGGCACCCAGCGUUGUUGACUUGGUGGUGUACUCGCUCCUCGCGCAGCGGGUGACGUACGCGGGUGUCUAUGUGGACAUAUCGCCCGUGCCUGGCCAGGAAUCCAUGCGAGUCUUCAUCGAGUUUCGAGCCAUCCAGGUGGCUACGAACUUUGUGCACAGCGUCGCUACGUUCACCGGGGAUUUGACCGUCUUGCCCGGGCACGAUCGGGAGCCGGCGUAUAGAUUCUUGCGCGAUUAUGCCCUUCAGGUGGCGAGAUCGGUGGCGAGAUCGGUGGCGCGAGUGCAGGCCCGGGGCACUCAUCUCUUCACUGCAUACGAAGGACUUCUGCGGCGGACUCCGGAGGGAGCACUUGCAUUGGUGCCGCAGCUUCCCGCACUCCUUCCUCCCGCCGAGCCCCUCAACAUCCAAGCUCUCCCUUAUUCUAUGCGCAACUUUCCCGAGUACCUAGUGGAGCUCACGGACGUGGAGCAGUUGUCGCCCGCCGACGAGGACGCGUGGGAGCUGCAUCGGGCACUGUAUUCAUCGGUGGUGCUGGGCAUGUUCACAUUCUUCAUGGAGCACGAAGUUCAUAACGUCGGCGAAUUCCUCCACGUGUACUAUGUGAUCGCCAAGCCGAAGCCGGAGCGGAAGGAGGGAACAAUGGCGCUUUAUCCUUUUGGGAGGAUCGGAACGAAUCGCCCAGGGCUCCUACAACUCAUUCACAUCGAGCUGCUGUCCAUUGCGCAGGUAAUCGCUGCGGAAGAAGAAGACUUGCAACUCAGACUACGGACCACCUCAGCUCCGUGCAGAUCGUAUAACGCGGCGGUGAUACCUGACUAUCUGGCGCGUGAAGGGGAGUCCGUGGUGGACUUCGGGCACGAAGAUAAGCCGCUGCGGCCUCCAUCAUCGUAUCCAAAGUCGGCGGCCUUGAAGGCACCAAGAAAGAGAACCGUCCCGAAGCACCGACGAAGUCCAUCGCCGGAAGCUCAGGCCAGUCGAGUGGGGCCUGUCGAGGAGGUCGUCCAGCCUGUGUCGGUGCGCGAAGUCGAUCCGGUUCGCGAGAGAAGAGCCACACUCGUCAUCGGGCCCCGACCGGGGGAGGACCGCCCCGCCGAAGAGCCGCGGAGAUCCACAGGCCAUCCGGAGUCGACACCUCAUCGGCCCCGCCUCCCCGAUCUCAACAGCCAUGCAGCUGGGCCAUCAAGCGCAGGGGGGGGAUUGGGACGAGUUCCAUACCCCCCCUCCUUGCAGGACCGCUCCAAUUUCGCCAGCCCGCCCGGGAUACCCCGGUCAUUGACAUUAGCAGUUCUCCCGAGCCGGACGGUCCAUCAAACCGACGUGGAUCACAUGGUGGAACUGGCCACCCUCCGGCUUGAGGCCAUCGAGGGGGCGCCACGUCCUGACCCGGCAUGGGAGGCGUUCUUGCAGCCUCCAUUCGAUGGAUGUAUAGCGGCAAGAUUGGUGGGCACGCUCAUCUACGAGACAGGCGGGCGGCCCAAUAUUAUGUACCAUAUCCCGGUCUUCGUGGCGGUUAAGCGGGAGCGGAGGCCGUACACGGAGACCCAUCUGGUGCUGACGGGUUCGAGAAAUCGGCCGCUGCGACGAUAAAUCAUUCGAGCGAUCGCCGAUCUCGCACCACG